AUGGAGGUGAAACCAAGGAGGAGAGCUGCUGCCGAGAAUGGGGAAACGGCUGAAGAAUUAGUCCUUGCAACAUUAAUUAGGAAUGGCGAGGACCGUGGUCCAAUUGUUAGACAUGCAUUUGAAAUGGGUCGACCAGAAACUCUCCUUCUUCAGUUGAAGAACGCUGUAAAGAAGAAGGAAAUUGAAAUCGAAGAGUUGUGCAAGACCCACUACGAGGAGUUUAUCCGUGCAGUUGAUGAACUUCGUGGUGUUUUGGUUGAUGCUGAAGAGCUGAAGGCCGAACUGUCAACUGAUAACUUUAAAGUGCAAGAGGUUGGGAGUGUGCUUUUGAUUCGACUUGAAUAGCUUCUUGAAUGCUAUUCAAUAAAACAAACUGUGACUGAAGCCAUCAAAAUGUCCCAGGUUUGUGUUCAGGUGCUUGAUCUUUGUGUCAAGUGCAAUGAUCAUAUUUCUAAAGGCCACUUUUACCCUGCAUUGAAAACUCUCGAUCUGAUUGAGAAGAAUUAUUUGCAUAACAUUUCUGUCAAGACCCUAAAAAUGAUCAUUGAGACGAGAGUUCCUGUGAUCAAAUCUCAUAUUGAGAAGAAAGUGUCCACUCAAUUUAAUGAAUGGCUCGUUCAUGUAAGGAGUUUGGCUAAGGUUAUUGGGCAAACAGCUAUAGGCCAUGCAGCAACUUCUCGCCAAAGAGAUGAAGAAAUGUUAGAACGUCAGAGGAAGGCUGAGGAACAGAACAUUUCAGGGCUAGGAGAUUUUGCAUAUACUUUAGAUGUUGGAGAUAUUGAUGAGGACUCCAUUCUAAAGUUUGACCUUGUACCUCUUUAUCGAGCAUAUCACAUUCAUACAUGUCUUGGGAUCAAAGAGCAUUUUCGUGAAUACUACUACAGGAAUCGAAUGUUGCAGCUUCAUUCCGACUUGCAGAUUCCUUCUUCUCAGCCCUUUAUUGAAUCCUAUCAGACCUAUUUAGCUCAAAUUGCAGGAUAUUUCAUAGUAGAGGAUCGCGUGAUGAGCACUGCCGAGCUAUUAUCAGCUGAACAGGUUGAAGCAAUGUUGGAAACUGCUGUCGUGAAGGUGACAUCAGUGCUUGAGGUACAAUUUUCCCUCAUGGAUUCUGCAACUCACCUUCUCCUGGUGAAGGAUUACAUUACUCUUCUGGCAUCUACUUUUAGACAAUAUGGAUACGAAGUUGGGCCGAUUCUCGAGACUUUGAACAAAAUCCGGGACAAAUAUCAUCAACUCCUUUUGGAAGAGUGCCGGCAACAAAUAGUGGAUGUUCUAGCUAAUGACUCCUAUGAGCAGAUGGUUCUGAAAAAAGAUAGCGAUUAUGAAAACAACGUUCUCGCUUUUAAUCUCCAGACUUCUGAUAUAAUACCUGCAUUUCCGUUUAUAGCACCGUUUUCUUCUACCGUUCCUGAUGUCUGCCGCAUUGUAAGGUCCUUCUUUAAAGGAUGUGUCGAUUACUUGACCUACAGUGUACAUUCUAAUCUUUUCGAGGUUGUGAAGAAAUAUUUGGACAGGCUCCUAAUUGAUGUUUUAAAUGAAGCAAUGCUCAAUAUUAUCCAUGGUGCAUCCAUUGGUGUUUCUCAAGCGAUGCAAAUUGCUGCAAAUAUAACCCUUCUGGAACGAGCGUGCGACUAUUUCAUCGGGCAUGCAGGUUAGUUAUGUGGAAUGCCUCUUCGAUCAGUCGAGAGGCCACAAAGCGGUUUCGCUGCGAAAGUCGUUCUUAAAACAUCAAGGGAUGCAGCUUAUAUUGCAUUGGUGACUUUGGUGAACAAGUUAGAUGAGUUUAUGGCUCAUACAAAGAAUAUUGGUUGGACUUCUGAGGAGGUUACUGCAAAUGCAAAUGAUUAUAUAAAUGAAGUCCACACUGCACAACAGAUUUUACCAAUGGAAGCUUUAUACAAAGUCGGGAGUGGCGCUCUCGAUCAUAUCUCCUACUCUAUAGUUUCAGCUUUUCUUAGCGACAGUGCCAAAAGGUUUAACACGAACGCAGUCACGAGCAUCAACAAUGAUCGGACAAUGCUGGAAGCUUUUGCAGACGAGAGAUUCCACAGCACAGGGUUGAGUGAAAUCUACGGAGGAGGAAUUUACCGAAGUUGCUUAAUAGAAGCCCGGAAAUUAAUCAACCUUUUACAAAGCAGUCAGCCGGAGAACUUCAUGAAUCCAGUGAUAAGGCAGAAGAACUACAACAUGUUGGAUUAUAAGAAAGUGGCUAGUAUAUGUGAGAAGUUCAAGGACUCUCCUGAUGGGAUCUUUGGGAGCCUUUCCAGUAGAAAUACAAAGCAAAACUCUCGCAAGAAAUCAAUGGAUAUGCUGAAGAAAAGACUGAAAGAUUUUAACAGAGGAAAGUACACUACUUUAAAGAUUGAUGAAAAUGGACAUUUUAAAUUUUGUUUCAUGGCUAUUGAUGCAUCUAUUGAGGGGUGGAGGUAUUGUAGACCUACCAUAUCCGUUGAUGCCACGUUUUUGAAGUCUAAGUUUGGUGGUACUCUACUAUCAGCUUCCAUACUAGAUGGUAACAAUAAUAUUUUUUCCCUUGCAUUUGCUAUUGUAGAUUUUGAGAAUGAUGGUGUCUUAAGUGUGUUUAACAAUGUUAAGUAUUGUGUGUGCAAUCAACAUGUUUUGCAAAAUUUGAAGAAGUUAUUCAAGGAUCCUUUGAUUGACCAGUUUUACUUUAGUUGUGCUAAAUCUUAUACUGUUGAUGAUUUCGAGUUGAAUAUGAGAUUUAUGGAGUCAAUUUCUCCAAAUAUUCGAAGUUACCUUAUUAAUGUAGGAUUUGAGAAGUGGUCUCGUGCAUAUUCUCAAAGAAGAAGGCUAGGGUCUACUAUAGAAACCCUAGAAAGAAGACAUCAAUCUGGUCAAGAAAAUGGCACCCAUCGUUACUCUCCAGACUCUGAUGUUUCCCAUGGUGAUUACCGACAAUGUUGUAGCCCUAGCUACGAAAGCUAUGAUCGAUACAAUCAUCAUCGUCGAUCUGUCUCACCCGACUAUCCAGAUGUUAGACGGAGCCCUAGGGUUGAUGGAGAUCAAAACGGUCUGCCCAAGAGAUUUGGGCUUGCCAGAGAGCGGGCGUAUCUAGAUAGGAAUGGGAGAGCGUCUGACGAGUUGGAUUCGGAUGAGGAGUUGAAUGGAUUGAAUUAUGAGGAGUAUCGGAGGCUGAAGAGGCAAAAGCUACGGAAGACACUGAAGUAUUGUAUUUGA